UAGAGGGGCAAGGUCACAGGCCACCGUCAGCGAUUCCGGUGGUCGGUUCUUCAACAGCUGCAAGACAAAGUGCAAUUUCUUCCACUAAGCUGCAACAUCAAGCAGAGCCAACACAGCGGAGACGUACGAGAUUGACGUGAGUUGUUGCGCGGAGAACAAUGACGCCUUGGGAGAAGAGAGUGCCGUUAACGUGACCGCGUCUGGAGAGCGGCUAUGGAAGAGGCUUGUUGGUGGAUGCGCUCCGCUAACCUUGAAACACAAUAAGGGUGUUGGGUAUCGGAAACAGCGGUUACAGUUGGAGAGAAAACCUCGUAGACAUCGUCAGCCAACAAAGCAAGACAAUUGAGAGACCAAUCGUCCGCAGCAGCCAGUAUGAGGUGCAUGGGCGGACUAGGGUCAUGCAAAGUAGAAACUCCUCAAGCAAGGUGCCAUGCAUUUUAAGGUCGCUCUGAACUGAAAACCGCCACAUGUUGUUAUGCAUUUGUGAAGGCCGGUGGUUUACGAGCUUCCAGCGGUGAGGAUCUGCUGGAGUUUCAUGUGCUUGGUUGGCGCGGAGCGUUUGGGUAUCUUCUGCCUGAGGUAGCGCCGACCCAGCAGCUCGGCAUUACCAUCAGCCAUCUCUUGAGCAACAUCUCGUGCCAGAAAUACGAAAAGUGCUAGUGCCGUGUGGUCCCCGAGGCCAUUCGGUCAAGAUAAAACUCCGCCUCUAUCAGCGCGGACCACACUUUCCUGGGUUUCGGCCAAACGGCUGCGCCUGGAGUGGGAAUGGAUCUGAUGAAAAAGCCAGGCGUGAGGGGUGAGUGGUGGAACAUCGGAGUCUGCAAUCAUGGCAAAAAAAUUGCUCGCAUCAACGGUUCUGCUAAUAAUAUUACUUUCCAUGCCCUCGUUGAGCCAAGUUGCAAAACGAGAAUAUGAGUUGCUUUCUGAAGAAGGCAAGCAAGUUACAGAAUACGUGCGCAUGAUGCUCUCUGGACAGACACGACUGUUUCUCUACAGGGGAGUGAACAUGCCGACAUACGCAGGAACAGUGAAAUGCUGGAAAACACGCUUUCGUAAACAUAUUACGAUCAUUCGAUCAUACCGCCACGACAUGACAUAUAUGGAAGUUUUAAGGCCAAUACAGGUGCCCAGCGGAACUUUGGAACGCAACGGCUGGAACUAUAGGCAAGCUGACUUCAUUAUGCGGGCAAAACAUGGCGUUCCAGCUAUAUUCCUAAUUGCCACCUACUCUAACAAGACAGUAGACAGGAGUUUGAGUGAUUAUUAUUAUAUCCUUGGUGCGCAGCCUUCUUGCUAUGUUAUGGCUGCACUGGAACCAACUGGAGGCAAAGGAAGGGCACUUUGCAUGUACUGGAUAAAAGAAGGCACUAUAAAUGAAACGCACACAGCAUGCGAUGCAUCUUAUGGGCCAUGCCGCAGCAUUGGUGGAGCAGUGUACAACUUAAGGGAAGAAACGUGCGAUUUCGGCAACGAUUGAACAUGUGUACCGUACAGCAAUGUGUUUCACUGUUGCAUGUGAAUGGGCUAAUAAAAUCAAGAAGAUGAGUAGACGUUGUUAUACAACGUUCGUGAUCGC